AUGGGCAGGAAGUUCUUCGUCGGCGGCAACUGGAAAUGCAAUGGAACCUUCGAUGAGGUGAAGAAGAUUGUGAAGAUACUCAAUGAGGGACAAGUGCCAUCACAAGAUGUUGUGGAGGUUGUGGUGAGCCCACCAUAUGUGUUUCUUCCAGUGGUGAAGAGUUCGUUGAGGCCUGACUUUCAUGUUGCGGCUCAAAACUGCUGGGUCAAGAAGGGUGGUGCCUUCACUGGUGAAGUUAGUGCUGAAAUGCUGGUCAAUCUGGAGGUUCCUUGGGUCAUUCUUGGUCAUUCUGAGAGAAGACUUAUUUUAGGCGAAUCCAAUGAGUUUGUUGCCGAUAAGGUUGCAUAUGCACUAGCUCAAGGUUUGAAGGUGAUUGCUUGUGUUGGUGAGACUCUUGAGCAGCGAGAAUCUGGCUCGACCGUGGAGGUUGUGGCUGCACAAACCAAGGCCAUUGCAGCAAAAGUGUCAGAUUGGACCAAUGUUGUAUUGGCCUAUGAGCCCGUGUGGGCCAUUGGAACUGGCAAAGUUGCAUCUCCAGCUCAGGCUCAGGAAGUGCAUUUUGAAUUGAGGAAAUGGCUUCAAGCAAACGUAAGUCCUGAAGUUGCUGCAACAACCAGGAUCAUUUAUGGAGGGUCUGUGAAUGGUGCAAACAGCAAAGAGCUGGCAGGUCAGCCCGAUGUUGACGGAUUUUUGGUUGGUGGAGCUUCUCUAAAGCCUGAGUUUAUUGACAUUAUCAAGUCUGCGGAGGUGAAGAAAUGUGCCUAA